AUGGCUUCUUUGCGGAGCCCGUCUUCGCCGUCCGACGGAUAUAAAAGGUUUAGUGAUGAUUUCGCAAACUCCAGCAUCAACAAUUACGGCUCAAACGUCACAAAUUCCAGAACAGGAGAUGGCGGCGGAGACACAAAUACAUUGGACAUGGGAAGCCGUUCCUCAUUGCACACCGGUUUGCAAAUGUCAGAGGAUGAGCAUUGGGAGAUGAACUACCAUGAGGCUGCUAUAUACUUAGAGGAAGGUCUAAACAAUGAGAAGUUCGAUUCGCACCCGUCAAGUCCGGAGGAGUUACCUGCGUAUCUCCGCGUACAUAAUCCUUGGUACCACGGCCUAGACCUCCUAGCAUCACUUGUUUUGAUCCUGUUAGCAUUUACAGAAGAUCCAGCUGUACCUGCUUUCGAGUUACCAGUAUGGGCCCACGGUACGAUAGAGCUACUAGCCCUUACAGUGAUCGGUAUUGAGUUGCAUCUCAAACUCAAAUGGAUCGGCUGGGGAACCAUUUUCAAGCAUAAACGAACUAUGAUUAAGGGUCUAACAUUGCUAAUAAUGCUACUAGAGGCAGUUGUGGUCCUUUGCCGACAGUCAUCCCACUUCAGAGUGACGAGAGCAUUGCGUCCUAUCUUCUUGGUGGACACGAGACAUUGUGGUGGCGUAAGGCGAUUCAUAAGGCAGAUAUUGCAAUCUUUGCCGCCUAUACUUGAUAUGUUAGGUCUGCUCAUGUUCUUCGUAGCCACGUACUCCCUACUAGGAUACUAUCUAUUCUCUGAGCACAUUGACAAUGGACAUUUUCGGACAUUAAGCGAUUCGUUCGUCAGUAUGUUCGUCCUUCUGACAACCGCCAAUUUUCCAGAUGUAAUGAUGCCAUCUUAUGCCAAAUCUAAGUGGUAUGCCGUCUUCUUCAUAUUGUACAUCAUCACAGUUCUAUACGUUCUGAUGAAUUUGAUGUUGGCCGUUGUAUACGAGACGUUUACUCGUAUAGAGCGUGAGAAGUGUCGUGCGUUGUUGCUCCACCGACGUGGGGCUGCGCGCCGUGCCUUCCGCCUUCUGGUGUCGCGUCGAGCCCCACACGCUGUCAAGUUAAGGCAUUUCGUUGGGCUGAUAAGGCAUUAUGCGCCCCAUUAUAGUGGUUUAGACGUAUAUUUAAUGUUCAAACAACUGAAUCAAUCGACAACGGGCGGACUCUCCCGCACUGAAUUUGCCAACGUAUACGAAGUAUUUGCGCUCCGUUGGGCUCCGCAAACAUCGCGGGCUCCUUGGUACGCCGAGUCGCCCUUGGAGCCGCUAGGUAGAGCAGCCGCUGUCAUCGUGUAUAGGCCGUACUUCGAGUAUGUCAUAUACGCUCUAAUAAUUGGAAAUGGUCUGGCGAUGGUUCUUCGAGUGCUGGAGGCAGCUGGCGAUCUGCAGGACAGCGCUCGGCUCCUUUGUGCCUCCUGGGACACUUGGCUAUUUCUUACCUUGUUUUUAAUAGAAGCAGGACUUCGGAUAAUGGCGAGUGGUCUCAGCGCGUAUUUAGAGAGCGGUUGGAAUGUGUUCGACUUGAGUGUGACCCUGCUUGCGUUGAUGGGUGCUGUUCUACUUACGAUUGCCCCCAAACUCUUCAUUGUCGUUAUGUUUAGACCACUUAGAUUAAUGCGCCUAUACAAAUUAAAGAAGAGAUAUAGGGACGUGUUCGGGACACUAGUGUUGCUAUCACCGCUUAUGUCAUCAGCGGGUUGUGUGAUGCUAGUGAUGUACUAUUUCUUUGCCAUUAUUGGAAUGGAAUUAUUUGCUGGAUACAAUUUGAGGAAUUGUUGCAUAAACACAACUGUUGAAGACUUUUACAAAUACUCUGAGAACAGUUCAACACCACUGGGUUACUACUAUUUAAACAACUUCGAGAACAUUCUCACGAGUGGUGUGACAUUGUUCGAGUUGACAGUUGUCAAUAACUGGUUCAUUUUGAUGAAUGCGUUCGCGAGCGUUGCAGGCCAGCUCAGUCGGUUAUACUUUAUGGUAUUCUACCUAUUUACAAUGGUAGUGCUAACAAUAGUAGUGGCCAGCGUUUUGGAAGCAUUCCGGUUUAGGAUACAAUACAAACGUAGUACUACGAAGAGGGAUGAGGAGAAACUCCUUCAUGAGGAAGUCCAUACAAGUUGGGAGGAAGCUCAACGAAUUGGCGCUACGGGAGACCUUGCGGAACAGUUGAGGACGUAUUUACCACCUGGAAUUGACGUCACGUUUAUAGGAACACGACCUCGUACGAAAGAAGUUUUACAGAGGAGAAUGUACCAAACGGAAAUACAGAAGUGGCUCGCAGAGGAGGAUGAAAAUGAUGAACUGCAGCCAUCAACAACAGUAACGUCAAGCGAGGAUCCCCUUUCUCCGCCAUUGAUCCAGCAGCCUGAUGGAGACAACCAUCACAUACGAAGUGGUUAUCAGUUGUAG